UCUGAUCAAAGAACCCUAACGUAGCUCAGGAAAUACAGAUGAAUGACAAUAAGCAUCAUAUCGUUUGUGUUUCUUUAGAUGAUAAAAAAGUAAUCAACAAUUCUUGUUAUAACAGAUGACAGUUGUUGAUUAAUAUUUCAUACGUGAUGCGUUACGAGCCUCACACCGUCACACACAGCUGACAGAGCAUCUGUGACUAUUUGCCUUCAUGCCGCUAACUCAAUAUUAUCCGGCCAAAUCAUUUGUUUUUAAAUUCAUUUGAAGUUUCGGAUGGUUUGAAGAAUUUAAUUUGUAACACAAUGUGCUUUCGACACACUACAUCAAGCUCAUUUUUAGAAGGCAGAUAUUGUUUUUUCAUUCCUGUUAAAGGCAAGUCACUCAAGUAAGCGUUCAUAUUUACAAAAACAUGGUCAUGCUGUACUGAAGGUGUGCAAGUUGCAUCUCAGAGUUAUCUAUCAUUAUUGUGCUCGGCUCCGUAGUAUAAAAAUAUUAAAACCCGAGUAGCAACCCCGGGCCAGAUGAGGUCAUUCGCUGUGUUUGUGUCUCUGUGUGGGGCUUCUGUAAAAGGAUGUCUGCUCCACUGAUGAUGAGUAAGAAAUGAUUCAGUGAUCCAAAAGAUCAGUAUUAUUUUGUAAUGCAGCACACAAACUGGAUGAAUGCCUUUCUGAUUCCCUUUUGGCCUCACGCAUGACAAACGGCUUCACGUGCUUCAUCUUGCGUUUGUGCCACUUCUUCCUCCUCCUCGGGGUCCAACCAAGCUGUCGGGAGACGUCCAACCAUGGCUGCUACUGGAUCUUUCCGUGUGGUGUCAGAGGAGGAGCAGGCCAUGAGGUCCAAGCUGGAGCGCUUGACGGUGAAGGAUCACGGCCCGGUGUUUGGUCCGUGCCAAAAUCUGCCCGCACACACCGUGCAGAAGGCCAAGGAUGAGCUGACCGAGACGGAUGAGAGGCGGGCGUCGGCCCUGAAGGAGCUGCGGGCCGCGAUGAAGGAGAGAGCGGCGGAGGGGGACGAUCUGGCCAAACUGGUGCUGGACCAGUUCGGGGGAAAACCGGACUCUCUGAUGCUGCGCUUCCUCAGAGCUCGCAAGUUUGAAGUCGUCAGAGCCCACGAGCUCAUGAAGGGUUACGUGCGGUUCAGGAAGGAAUACCCCGAGCUGUUUGAGAACCUGACCCCGGAGGCCGUCCGCAGCACCAUCGAGGCCGGGUAUCCCGUGGUUUUGCCCAGCAGGGACAAGUACGGCCGCGUGGUGCUGCUCUUCAACAUUGAGAACUGGGACCUGGAGGAGAUCACAUUCGACGAGAUCCUGAGAGCGUACUGCGUGAUCCUGGAGAAGUUGCUGGAGAACGAAGAGACCCAGAUCAACGGCUUCGUCCUGGUCGAGAAUUUCAAGGGCUUCACCAUGCAGCACGCCUCGGGAAUAAAGCCCGCCGAGCUGAAGAAGAUGGUCGACAUGCUGCAGGACUCUUUCCCUGCCCGCUUCAAGGCCGUCCACGUUACCCACCAGCCCUGGUAUUUCACCACCACGUACAACGUGGUGAAACCCUUCAUGAAGAGCAAGCUGCUGGAGAGGGUCUUUGUCCACGGGGACGAGCUGAGCAACUACUUCAAAGAAUUCGACACGGACUUCCUGCCGGCGGAUUUUGAUGGAAAGGCGUCUGUUGCAGACUGUCAGGCCAUCGCCACCCAGCUGUUUGGCUCUGAAGACACGGCUCUCUGAAAGUAGAGCCAACCCAAGUUCUAGUGUCUCUCACCGUAGAUGCUUAAGAUCCGGUCCAAUUCUAAUCUAGAUUGUGUUUUUAUUUGGGCAGUUGUUACAAGCACGGGUGGCAAAUGAUUAAAUGGGAAAGAAAAAAGGGUGUUUAGAGGUUACAGAGAGAAAAAUUGGUUUCUUAAUGGGUGUUUAUUAAAAGCGCUGAUAUGUCUUGUCACUUUACAAAGGGAAAGUGAAAGCAGAUAAUGUGUCAGUUUGGUUUGGCGUUAUUUGCCUCAAAAUGUCAUUUCCCACCACACGUAGCAGCCUUUUGCCUGUUGAUUCGGUAGAAUGAGAACACAGGUGUUUCUGUCUCAGGGGUUUAGGAAGGUAUGAAGAGCGAAAAGCUUGUUUUAGGAGCGAGAGCCUCUCGUUGCAGCAUCAUGUAAUUCCGCCUCGUAUUAGUUGUGACUCCAAGAUUACCACAAAAAUCCAUUCUGCAAUUUGCACUAGAUGGGGAAAUUUUCAAUUAAAUUGUUUUUUGUUCAUCUGUAGUUAUAUACGAAUCGUUAUUCUUCUAGU